UUUCAGUACCAAAAGCGGUAACCCCCCCGAGCUACACUCGGGCUUACCAUGCGGCGCUGCAUAGGGAGUCCCUACAGCGCUUUCCUUGUCCUUUGCUCCCACGAUGUGUCCCCCUGCAGCGUCCCCGGCCAUCUCCUCCGGCCGAUUCCGGCAUCCGGCUUCCGUGUUCCGGUCCCUGUGAUGUCAGGAUGUACGGGCGCCGGCGGCAAAUUUGAAAAUUUAAAAAAAUGACAUUUUUUUUUUAAAACAAAUUUUACAUAUGCUUUGUCCUGUCCCCUGCCUGCAUUCUGACUGUUCUUUCUG